AGAGUACGGUCACUUACCCGUCUCUGUAAAAUGGCCAGAACCAAGCAAACUGCUCGGAAGUCUACUGGCGGCAAGGCGCCACGUAAGCAGUUGGCCACGAAAGCAGCCCGUAAAAGCGCGCCGGCAACCGGCGGUGUGAAAAAGCCACACCGUUACCGUCCAGGCACGGUGGCGCUGCGGGAGAUCCGCCGCUACCAGAAGUCCACUGAACUGUUGAUUCGUAAACUGCCAUUCCAAAGGUUGGUUCGCGAGAUAGCUCAGGACUUCAAGACUGACCUUCGCUUCCAGAGCUCUGCGGUAAUGGCGCUGCAGGAGGCGUGUGAGGCCUACCUGGUGGGGCUCUUUGAGGACACCAAUCUGUGCGCUAUUCACGCCAAGCGCGUCACCAUCAUGCCCAAGGACAUUCAACUGGCUCGCCGCAUCCGCGGGGAGCGGGCAUAG